UAAAGUCUGCCGUACAUCCAAGCCAGAGAAGAAGUUGCAGCACACGUGGUUUUAGCUUAAAGUAGAGAUACUCUAAAAAACAACAAAUAUCAGUACUUGUACUUCACGGAUAGGCCUAUAAUACUACCAACAAAAUGCCGAAAGUUAAAGCGGAGAAGAAAAGCAGGCAGCACCAGGAGAUAAAAAAUCAAGGCAUCGUGUUCAACACCGGGAUUGGUCAGCACAUCCUGAAGAAUCCUCUCGUCGUGAAUGGAAUCAUUGAAAAGGCAGCGUUGAGGCCAACAGAUGUGGUUCUGGAGGUUGGACCUGGUACUGGUAACAUGACCGUAAAACUGCUGGAAAAAGCUAAGAAGGUGGUAGCCUGUGAGCUGGACACCAGAUUGGUAGCAGAGCUCCAGAAGAGAGUUCAGUGCACACCAAUGCAGGCAAAACUUCAGAUCCUGAUUGGUGAUGUUUUAAAAACAGACCUUCCGUUCUUCGAUGUCUGCGUGGCUAACUUGCCUUACCAGAUUUCAUCUCCGUUCGUCUUCAAGCUCCUGCUGCACAGGCCUUUCUUCAGAUGUGCAGUGCUGAUGUUUCAAAGAGAGUUUGCCAUGCGGCUGGUCGCCAAACCUGGAGACAAGCUGUACUGCAGACUCUCCAUUAACACGCAGCUCCUGGCCCAAGUCGAUCACCUCAUGAAGGUAGGGAAGAAUAAUUUUCGGCCUCCUCCCAAAGUGGAGUCCAGCGUUGUCCGUAUAGAGCCAAAAAACCCACCUCCUCCCGUGAACUUUCAGGAGUGGGAUGGUCUGGUCAGAAUAGCUUUUGUACGAAAGAACAAAACCCUGAAUGCAGCGUUCAAAUCCACAGCAGUAGAGCAGCUGCUGGAGAAGAACUACAGGAUUCACUGCUCCGUUCACAGCGUGGACGUCCCAGUCGACUUCAGCAUCAGCAAGAAGAUAGAAAGUGUUUUGCAGGAGGCUGGCUUCAGCGAGAAGAGGGCCAGAUCAAUGGAUAUUGAUGACUUUAUGGUGCUGCUGCAUGCGUUCAACUCUGCAGGAAUCCACUUUUCAUAAAUGCAAAGUGAAGCUAGCACCUUAAUUCAGGCAACAAUAUAUGCUGCCCUAAUGAAGCAGCAUAUGAAAAAAAAAGAAAGAAUGGAGGAUUAGAUCAUAUAAAAGGCUCAUAUUGAGUGGUAAAUUGAGUAUUUGUGCAAUCGAUUGAUUUCUGACAUGAAUUUAAGAUGAGAUCUUUAGAGACUGUGUUAAAAUAGGAUUUUAAUUCUCAAAGACUUUCAAAAUAAAAGAAAUUAUACAUCCUUAA